AAAUGCGACCCAGAAGGGUAAAGUGACUUGUCUCCAGUCACAGAACAAGGAUAAUGGAAGUGGGCGGCGUGAGGGACCCUUUAACUGUGAAGUGCACACUUCUGUCACCAGUCUGCCUUGUUCUCCUGUUCCUUUUGUUGGGGUUUUUGAUCAUGCCUACCUUAUACAUGUGCUGCCUGUGGGAAUAUUAAUUAUUUAAAGUAAGUUGGAAGACUCUAAGAUCAGUCCUAGAAAGAUGAGGGCCCUGGAUUUAAGCUUGGCUUUUCCAAGAAGAUGGCAUUCUUUUUACCCCCACAGAAAGGAGCCAGAGCUGCUGCUUCUCGCAUUUCAGUAUGUUAGCACGUGAGGAAGCUCAGGUGGAAAGCAGAGGGACCUGCUGAAUCUACGUCAGGCGUUGUCUAGAGAAAACUACGGAAGAAUGUCAGAUGCAGAAGAAAACCCCCCAGAAGAAACAGGAGAAAAUGGAGAAGCAGGAAAAGAAGAGGACGAAUAUAAUCCAAGCAAUGAGGAGGGACAUGGGCAACAGAGCCUAGCUGAAGACACACUAUCAGGGGAGAGGUCUUCGGGGGAGGAAGAGGGGCUGGAAGGAAGAUGGGUGGAGGAGGAGGGACAAAUAGAGGGAAAGGAAGCAAGAGAAGAAAAAGAAAAAGGGAAUGAAGAGGAAAGGAGAGAGGAGGAAGAAGAAAUGAUAGGGGAGGAAGAAGAAAUGAUAGGGGAGGAAGAGGAAAGGAGAGAGGAGGAAGAGGAAAUGAUAGGGGAGGAAGAAGAAAGGAGAGAGGAGGAAGAGGAAAUGAGAGGGGAGGAAGAAGAGAGGAGAGAGGAGGAAGAGGAAAUGAGGGAAGGAAGAGGAAAGGAGAGAGAGGACGAGGCACUAAGGGGGAAGAGAAAGGGAGAGGAGGAGAGGAUGAUAGGGGAAAAGGAGAGAGAGGAGAAGAGGAAAUGAUAGGGAAGGAAGAGGAAAAGGAAGAGGAGGAGAAGCCGAAUGAUAGGGGAGACAGGAGAGCGAGGAGGAAGAGGAAAAGAAAGCGGGAGCGAAAUGAUAGGGGGGGAGGAAAGGAGAGCGGCGGGAGCGGAGUGAUACGGGGAGGAAGAAGAAAUGAGAGAGGAGGAAGAGGAAAUGAGAGGUGAGGAAGAAGAAAUGAGAGAGGAGGAAGAAGAGAGGAUAGAGGAAGAGAGAGAUGAAGAAGGUGAGGAAAACGGAGUUGAGAAAGAGGGAAGUAAGGAAAAGGAAGUCGAGGAAGAGGACAAGGUGAAGGAAGAGGAGGUGAAGGAAGAGGAGGAGCAUAAGGGGGAAAGUCAGGAGGGGAAAGAAGAGAAGAGUGGGGAGCAGGAGGCGGGGACAGUGGAAGGUAUUGUCGUAAAAGAAACUGAAGAAAAAGUUGGAAAAGCCCAAGAGGAAAUGGCAAAGACGCAGAAGAAACCAUUCAAAGUGGAUGGUAUUUUCCUUAACUCUGAGUCGUCCUCAUCAAGCAAGCCGUCCUCCCUCUCCCAAAGUCCCGAAGUGAGCGAGAUUUUCAAACCCAGCAGUUCAAGAACUGAAAUUUCUGAGGCGGCACAGAGAAGACUGGCCAGAAGACAGAGAGGCACAGAACCAAAGCAGGAAGACACUGAAGCAAGAUCCCGAGACCCAUCCCUCACCCUGGGGGAGGGAGAAAGGCGAAAAUCAUCCCAGUCCAAAGCAGGGCGUCCCAGGGAGUCCCUGGUGCCCACCUCCUCAGAGGACACCUUGUUCCAGAAGGAAGGCUCCAAGGUAUAUCCUUUGACCAUGACCUGGUCCUUUGGAUGGAACAGUUUCCUCCCCGUCUGCUACCUCCGGGAGAACCAGAGAGUCCUCCUCUAUGCCUGCGGUCACACGGCUGUCAUCUACAGCGCCGACAGGAAUACCCAGUACCACCUUCAGGGCCACCCCAACGUCAUCUCCUGCCUCUGUGUCAGUGAAGACAAGCGGUGGAUUGCCACAGCAGACAAAGGGCCGGACUGUCUCAUCAUUAUAUGGGACUCCUUCACAGGAAUCCCUGUGCACACCAUAUUUGACAGCUGUCCAGAAGAUAAUGGUAUAAGGUCGAUUGCCAUCUCCCGUGAUGCCAAGUUCCUGGCCACCAUCUCAGACGCUGAAACUCAGAAAGUGUGCAUCUGGAAGUGGACGUUGGCGGUGGAGACGCCUGCAUGCACUCUUGAGCUCCCCAAAGAGUAUGGUUUCCAGAACUACCUCAUCUUCAACCCGGAGAACAACAAAGAACUGGUGAGCAACAGCAGCACACAGACCAUCUAUUACACCUGGUUUGAAAAGGAGGGUAUACUUGCUCACAGUGCCCCGCUUUUAACCGAGAAAACCUUCAACAAACUCGUGGGGAAAUUCAGCCAGUCUGUUUUUCACCUGAAGUUAGGACAGAUUCUGUCGGCAACGAAGGAAGGGAAGCUGGUUGUCUGGGAUAUACACUACCCGCCGCAGUCCUCCCCUGGUUUGGCCUUUCCCUUCCUCAAGCCUUGUAAACUGGUCCAUUUGCAGAAGGAGGCCAUCACGGUGCUCGCCACAGUGGACAGCUACAUUGUCACAGGUGACAUUAAGGGUAACAUUAAGUUCUACGACCACACCCUGUCCAUCAUCAACUGGUACAGCAACUUCAAACUGAGCUCCAUAAGGACUCUGUCCUUUUCAAAGACCCCAGCAAACCCACCCUCAGAGAAGUCUAACCUCCCCACAGACUGCACUUUAAAAGGCGACCUUUUCGUUGUCAGGAAUUUUCUCAUAGGAACGUUUGACGCCACCGUGUACCACAUGACAGCAGAUGGCACCAAGCUGGAGAAGCUCUUUGUGGAGCCCAGGGAUGCUGUUUAUGCCAUAUCCUGCCACCCGUACCAACCCCUCAUCGCUGUUGGGAGUGUCUGUGGGAUGAUCAAGGUGUGGGACUACGAAAAGAAGGUCUAUCUGUUCAGCAGGGCCUUUGAGAAGGGGCUCGGCGUCCAGAGUCUGACCUACAACCCUGAAGGAGCUCUGCUUGGAGCUGGAUUCACCGAGGGGACAGUUUAUAUUCUUGACGCGAUGUCUUUAGAAAAUGAAAGUUCAGAGCCCUUCAAAUAUUCCAGAACCAGCGUGUCUCACGUCAGCUUCUCACACGACUCCAAUUACAUGGCGACUGCUGAUGACAACUUCACUGUGGCCGUGUAUAUGGUGGUGGUCAAAAAUGGACAAAGGGUCUGGGAGUAUUUGGCAAGACUUCGUUCCCACCACAACACCAUCCGAAGCCUCCUGUUUGGGGUUCACCUGGACAGCAACGAGCCCAGGCUGCUGAGCCUUGGGAAGGACAGGUUCUUGAUAGAGUACAACCUUAUCAAGAGCUACAAAGACCACCUGGAAGUCCUGGACAUUCACCGGACAGACCAGGGCAACUACCCCACCUGCAUGAUCUGGUACCCACCGCUGACCAAGGAGCUGUUCCUGCUUAUUUGCAACAGUGGCUACAAAGUGAAGCUUUUCAAUUCCACCACCAAAAUGUGCCGAAAGACGCUUCUUGGACCGGCUUAUGGGUCACCUAUUGAGCACACCCAAGUGCUCCCGGUAAAAUCCACGCUGGAGCUGCAGAAGCGCCACCUGGUGUUUAUCAACAAAGACAAGGUUGGACUCCAGAUCUUACCAAUUGACGGCAACCCACACAAAACAUGUGCCAUCGUUUGCCACCCAAACGGGGUGGCUGGGAUGGCUCUUUCCUAUGAUGGGCGCUAUGCCUUCACAGCAGGGGGCCAAGAUCACUCCGUGGUGAAGUGGAGAAUCAACUUAAGUGCCCUGGAGGCGGCCGUUUCUCUUGGGGGUGAAGACUUGACCCCAUUCUAUGGUCUGGUGUCUGGUGGCAGGCAAGGAAAAUUCUACAGGGAGCUGGAGGACUAUUUUUACUACUCUCAGAUCCGCAGUCAAGGGAUCGACACAAUGGAGACCAGGCAGGUGUCUGAGCAUAUUUGCCUGUCGGAGCUUCCUUUCGUCAUGAGAGCAAUUGGCUUUUACCCAUCGGAGGAGAAGAUUGAGGACAUGUUUAAUGAAAUCAAGUUUAGCGAAUAUGUGGACACUGGGAAGCUGAUCAACAAAAUCAACUUACCGGAUUUCCUCAAAGUCUAUAUUAACCACAGGCCACCCUUUGGCAACACGAUGGAUGGCAUCCAGGAGAGCUUUGACGUGCUCGGUUUCACCAAUUCUGAAGGGAAGAAGGCUAUUCGGAGAGAGGAUUUCCUGAACUUGCUCCUCACUAAAGGUGAGCACAUGACAGAGGAGGAGAUGAACGACUGUUUCGCGACGCUGUUUGGCCUGAAUCCCGAGGGGUGGAAAUCGGAGCCUGCGGCCACCGCCAACCAAGAUCAAAAAAUCUGCCUCGAAAAAAUACUUCCAGACGAAAUCACUGCAGAAAUAUUCACGACAGAAAUUCUUGGCUUAACCCUUUCCGACAGUCCUGAGCAGUUUGACCAGUGACGUCAUGGAGAGUGUUGGCAGCACAAAGGACUUCGUGUGUGUGCUUGCACACCUGUGUGUGCGUUUUUCCCAAGAGGUGUUCAUUUUCCUGUACAUGCCCAACCCCACCCUACUCCUCAGAGCAUUUAGACAUUAAAAGCAAAUUUCUCUUAGGCAAUGGAAUUCACAAAGUUGGACAUUGCACUGUCUGUGAAAGAAAAGAGUGGGUGGAGGCGAGAACAGGCCUGGCAGCCUGAAGGGGCCUCAGCCAGUGGCAGGCCUUCCCCAUGACGUGUGUGCUCCAUGGAAGGCAGAGUCAGCCACUCAGGCCCACUCCCUGGAGUGCUGCCUGUACUGUUGGCCCCUGCGACUGGGAGGAGGUGUUCGGGCCUCCUGGGAGUGCCAGACUAUUUUCUUUCUCGGCCAAACACCCAGGCAGUAGU